UCACUUCGGGCCUUUCUCUUCUUUUCACAUUUAUUUGUCUUUGACCUUUUUAAACACUCACUAGCUCUCUCUCUCUCUCUACUUUUCUACGCUUCUUUUCUUUAUUUUAUUCUCUUCUGUUCUCCGCUACCUAUGGCGAAUUUCACCUCUUCCUCCUCCUCCUCUUGUUCUCCCUUACCUCUAUCUCUAACUAUGUCACACAUUUCACCUCCGUCAUCUUCUGCGGCUUUCGACGACAGUUCCGAGGACGCCUGCAGCAUAUGUCUAGAGCCAUUCAGCACCCAUGACCCUGCCACCAUAACCAGUUGCAAACAUGAAUAUCAUCUGCACUGUAUCCUUGAAUGGUUGCAGAGAAGCAAAGAAUGCCCAAUAUGUUGGCAGUUACUUAUCUUGAAAGACCCUGCCAGCCAAGAGCUUCUAAAUGCAGUGGAAGCUGAAAAACGCUUAAGUUCAAGAACUGUAUAUUCACAUGCAUUCAUGGAUUCUCGUAGCCCCCUUCAACGGCUUAACAAUGACCAAGAUGAUUCUUGUUCAGAUGAUUCUGAUUUUGAUGAACAACUUAUGCAGCACCUAGUUUCUGCUGCAAGUAGAGCUCGCUAUAUCUGCAGAAGCAAAAGGCAGAGAUCCCCCGGAGCAGGUCCUUCAGAGGUUCUUGUUUUUAACUCUUCUAUACAUGCUUCAGGGAUGCAACCAACACUUACAACUUCACCGACUUCUGGUGUACCUUCUGCUGCUCACAUUCAAUCUCCAACAUCCACCUUUUCCUGUGUUGGCAUGGUUACAACAAAUACUUCUUCCGAGAGUGACAUGCCUUCCAAACCCAGAGUCAUCUAUAGCCAGCCAUCACCUGAGAGUGCUAGGAGACUAAACACUUCUGAGAUGUUCUCCUUCUCUGAGUCCUUCAAAUCCAAACUUUCUGCUGCUUCAGCUAGAUGUAAGGAAUCAAUUUCAAAAAAUACUCGUGGUCUUAAGGAGAAGUUGAUUGCACGUAAUGCUUCGGUGAAAGAGCUGAGUAAAGGUGUUCAGUGUGAGAUGAAUGCAGGCAUAGCUUGCGUUGCAAGAAUGAUUGAACGCCUUGAUCUUACCUCAAAAUGGUCCUCAUCUGCUCUCAUCCCUGUUAAAGGGAAGUCUGUCCAAGAGAAUGGAGUUUUGGUUGGCAAUGUUACUUCAAAUGCUUCCUCACUUGAUUCUAGCUUGGUUGCUGUUGGAGUGGAAACUCCUCCUUCAUGUGUUCAGAGUGGACAUGAUGCGGCGAGGACUUAAGCUCGAAUGGUGAAAUCUUUCAUGUUGUCUCACUAAGGCCUGCAAUGCAAGAGACGACUUGAUAAUAACCAACGUGGCUGUUGGUAUGCGUCCUGCAUUUGGUCAAUAAGUUGUAGAAAAAUUUAAUUUCAAAUAAUUAGUUUACUGAGCCAGUCCUUCAUCUUCUGUUGAGAUAAUGCACCUAUCUAUAAGACUGCUUUCUUCUUGUGGGAGUGGAUUCAUUACAUGUUCUUUUCCUGGCUGAGUUUUCUGGCUCUGUGGUGGAAACUUAGACUCCUUGCUUGCCAUUUUUGCUUAAUUAGAAACAGAUUAAAUUGAUUGUGAAGAAAACUUUUGGGUGCUACAAGUAUAUGGUAUGAGGAUAUAUAUAUA